AUGACCGCCUUGCCAACCCCCGAGCGAAUCAUGGAGCUCGCUCUCACAACAACUCCGUCUGAGGCGUCGGUCGCGACUCCGUCGCCCGCCGCCCGAAAGAAGUGCGAUGUCCUGCUUCUCAUCAGCUCCGCCGCCGCCGCUGGCUACGAGCGCCGCCGCCGCGCGGUUCGCAGGACCUACCUGACGGCCUUGCGUGAGCAGCAGCUGCAGGGCACGGUCGAGUAUCGCUUCCUCCUCGGCGAGCCGCCGACAGCGGAAGAGGGCGCGGCGCUCGACGCCGAGCAGGCCGAGUUUGGCGACCUGCUGCGCGUCUGCGUGCCGGAGAGCUACGAGACCAUCUUUGCGAAGGUGGUCGCCGCGUGGCGCUGGGCCGUCGCCACGCACGACUUCGCCUUUUGGAUGCACGCCGACGACGAUUCGUACGUCCGGCUCGACUUGCUGCUCGGCUGGGUCCGCUCGCCGGCCGCCUCGCCGCAGGAGGGCGUGUACGCGGGGUACCUGUGGGACGGCUCCGACGGGCGGCGCACCAAGCCGCUCCGCGACCCCGCCCAAAAGUCGUACAUGCCGGUGGAGCAGUGGCCGCACGACUCGUACCCGCCCUUUGCGUCGGGCUGCGGCCAUCUGAUCGCGUGCGACCUGGUGGGCAAGCUGGUCGAGCUGUCGCCCUCGAUGAGCUUCUUCCGCGGCGGCGUCGGCGCGGUUGCCAACCUCCGGCUGGUGCACAUCGAGGGCGUGCGGCCGUACCGGCCGCUGCCGCUCUUCCGCAGAGAGACGCUCGUGCAGCACUACAUGCAGCCGGAGGAGUUCCGGCAGUUCCACGAGCGCGCCGUCGCGGCCGCGGCAGAGGCGGACGGCGGAGCGGGACCGGGAGGCGGAGCUGCGGCGCCGGAGAGUGAGCAGCGGAUUGCGGCGGUCUACGACCUGUUUGUCCAGGCAAAGGUGCUGCGCCGAUGA